UUCAUAUACAUUUCUAUAAAUAAGUUCCAUAGGAUAGAUUUUUCUAAGUUCACCUUAAAUCUUCUUCAAUGGCAAGCACAUUAUUGACAAGCUCUUCUGCUACAACCCUCGUGUCGAACCGGGCCUCAUCCAGCCCAUUACCAAAUGGGUCGGGCCCUCGUUCGAGGUUGUCCCAAGCACCAUCACUAAUUAAGACCCCUUCAUCAAGGUCUUGUUUGGUGGUGAGAGCCCAACAAGCAGGAGGUGGAAGUCCAAGGAGAAUUGAGCCAAUCUCAUCUGAACAAAUCCACAAAAAGGUUGCCCUACUAGAAACUUCUCCUUAUGGUAAAUAUUCCACUCCUUCAACUGCUUUGCUAUCUUACAUAGUGCGCACUCCAUGGAAUACUAGUGAGGACGAGCAUGAGAUCAAGAUGUGGUUUGACAUGCCAGGACUAGCAGGUGAAAACAUAGAAGUGGAAGUUAUAGACGACUUGCUUUACAUCAAAGGAGAUGGGGGUGUAGAUGCAUUUGGUAACAAGAUCUUGAGUCCUUUCGAUAGUAGGGUUCAACUUCCUCAUUACUCUUGGAAGGAAGAAAUUACGGCCGUGUUUAAGAAUGGUGUCCUCUACAUAACUGUGCCUAAGAUCACCAAAUUCGAGCACAAAGUUAUUCAUGUCCCUGUUAGAUCCAUUUCAUAAUUGGUCUACUGAACUGUUUGGAAGACGAAGUUUGGAUUGCUUCAUACAUAAGAAAUUUGCUUUGAAUGAUUGUGUAAUAAAAGAGAAGCUCAAGUUAAGCUUAUAUUGUAUGUACUAAGUUGUAUACAUCGGUUGUUUGUUAAAGCUAAGCUACCUAUACUAAUAAUAAAUAAGACAAUUGGUCGAUAUUAUGUGGUUGUGAAAA